UAUAAACAAUACAGCUUGCUAUUUGUUGUGUUAGUUUAACGAAGCCGACAGUGUUCCAGGUCGCUGUAAGCAGACGACGUUAUUUUCCGGAACACCCCUCUCGGAGUUUGUAGUUCAACCUGCGGAAUUUAAAGGCAAAAUGGCGACAGGGUGAUGGAUGGCAGGCGAAUAUCCAGCACUUAACCGAGUGUCAUGGCGUUCUUGUCAUUGCCUACAAAUUUCCAGCGUCGGAAAGAUGCUGUCUCUGCCAUGGCAGCAGUGAGAAAUAGUGCCGAGAAAGAAAAAGAGGUGGAAUCUGCUGAAUGUUACACUCAGGAGCUGUCAGGCUCUCACACUUCAUCUCCCACCACCUCUACCCACAACAACAACAACAGCAGUGUGGGACCACAGCAGUGCCAAUCUUUGGACAGUCACCAAAGCCUUUUAAAUGGAGCACAGCCGAACCCAUUUGUCUGUGGCGGUGUCCUGGCUGCCCCCUGCACAGACGAUUCAUUGCCUUCAGGAGCAAUUGUUAAUGGAUCUGCUUCACACUGUACCUCAGAGGAACCCCAUGUCCCCAACAAGGAUGCAUCCCCUUUGGCUGGGACAGACACCAACCCUGAGGUGUUGGAGCCUCCCUGUGAGCUUCAAUCAAACACUUGGCAAAAACCAGAAGGGCACAUUAUGAAAGCACCAUCCACACGGACCCUAUCUGAGUCAGACAACAGCUACUGUGAGACUCCCUUGGUAGAGGACAAUGCAGAUAACAGGGCAAUCAGCCGGGUGUGGACAAACAACGGCGUCAAAACAGGAUCCUUAUGGGAUGAUGAUUCUGAGUCAGAAAGUUCCUCUGACAACUAUGACGGUCUAAACAGGAGCCUCCGAGAAAAGUUUAUGUGCUUCCUGUUGAAAGGCAGGAUACUUGAUGAGGUGGUAAAAGGAAAGAUAAAGGUAGGGGGUCUUCAGUCAGCCAGCUCAAGGAGGAGAAAACGAAAAACCUGCAAAGUGAAAAGGAUACCAAUAGAAAAUAAAGUUAACGAAGGCUUCAGCUGUGAAUCCCUUAUUAACAUGGACUUGGAUUUUGAUUCAUCAAUUAGUGAAGAACAUUCCUUGAUGCAGAAUUCAGAAAGUUUGAAAGCACACAUAGACUUCCAUCUGGGGAAUUCCCAAGACAAGAAAAACUUAAUUUCAAGUGAUAAUGCAGGCGGGUACAAUGAAGCAGACACCUACGUGGGUGGCCAACCAAUGCCAUUAAAGAGAGAGCAGGAAACAGGCUUUGAGUCAGAGCACUCGUUCUUCCAAUGCACAAAGUGCAAUGUUAAUUUCAAGGAGAAAAGGCAUUUGCAUAGGCAUAUGAUGUAUCAUUUAGAUUGGCAUAAUCGGGUAGAGCAGGCGAGCAUCCACCCCUUUAUAUGCAAAGAGUGUGGGCGUUCAUUCUGUGAGCAUUCUUCCCUGCAGAAGCACAUGCUGAUCCACCAGGUGCGAAGGGAGAAGCUGAUGGAGGAGAUUAAAGAUCUGAACGAAUUGAGAGGCAAGAAAGGAGAAGCUCAGCUUCGGUGUCCCCAGUGUGCUUUUGAAACCGACUGUCCACAAACGCUCAUUAAUCAUGCCAAGACCCACGAAAAGGACAAACCGUUUUAUUACAGUUGUGAAGAAUGCAAUCAUAUAGUGCUGAACAAGUCCGAUAUGGAAGCACACCAACAGAUAGCUCACCUCAGUGCAUGCCAAGGAAAAGUCAUAAAACCCUUGGGCAUGCUUUUUUGCAAAAUUUGCACAUUUAGAACAAAGUGUAGAGACGUUUUAAGGAAGCACCUGAAACUCGUACAUGACCAGCCACUUUGGCAUUAUGAACUUCAAUCACACAGUAUGGCAGCUCACCUUACAGGAUCUGUGUCCGAGCAGGACAAGAUAACGGGCCAAACUGAAAUGGACAACUUAUCUCCACCUUCACUGAAGCCAAAGUUCCUCAGAGAAAAGCAGAACAAAAGUGGAGCACGGUUGUCUGCAUGGUCCAAUAACCUUGCUGACCUUUUUCUGAGAGAUAACAGCACACAAAAAUCCUGUAAAAGUUUGAGCUCCUCACUGAUCAAAUGGAGUUUUGGCAGCUUAGCAAACAACCUGUCACCGUCUUCCCUGCAAUGUGACAAGCCAAGUAAAUUAUCUCUGCCUACAGAGAGGAUAGAUGUGACAAAGGGUCUCUCCUAUGGUGAAGAGGACAAUCAAAAAUGUGAAAAUGCUGUCUCUAAACAGAACACAAAAUAUCUUUCCAUCUUGAACCUUGCAACCAAGUCUGCCGACUCUAGCAAAACUGUACAUCUGGACUAUGAUGAUGUUAACACUUCCAAAGGUCCCUCACCUGGAAGCAGAUUAGCAGUACAGACACAAAAAUCUCCUUCUAAAAGAAAAAUGUCCAUUCCAUAUCACAACACUCCUAAGAAAAUUCCAAUAAUUGUACCGAAACAUCAACUAGAAAGGACUGAUAUUUGUUCUACAGGCAACUACAGAAGUGCUCAUUUUGAUUGUGCCAAUCAAAGCAAAGCACACUACCUGCAUAACAGCGAUGCCUCUGACCCCUUAACCCAGCAGGGACAUUUGCUCAAAGAUGACGUCCAUAACUCUCCUGAUCAGUCAGAUCUUGAUAGCAACAUGGAAAGUGAGGAUGAGAUCAGCACACUUAUAGUGAAAGAAGAAAACAUGGAGAGUGCGGUGAGCGAGGACAAUCCAGAGUGUACCGAUCCUAAUCUCAGCGAUUCGUUCACCAGUUACUGCGUGUCCCCCGUGUUUGAACCAGAACGGAAGUGCUGUCCAUAUUGUCCUGCAGUGUUUGAGUCAGGUGUGGGCUUGUCCAAUCACAUCAGAGGACAUCUGCACAGAUGUGGUUUAAGCUAUGAGGCUCGUCACAUGCUGUCACCUGAACAGGUGGCGUCUCAGGACCGGCAGCCUCGCAUUCGCAGAAGAGCCACCGCCAUGAAUAACAGGAUCCGGAGAGCAGAUAAACCCGAGUCUCAGACUGAACACACCUGCCCACUGUGUCUGGGCUGGUUUGACACUAAAACCGGCCUGUCCAAUCAUGUGCGGGGUCACCUGAAGCGGAUUGGCAAGCCAAUCUCAGGUGUCAGCAAGUCUCCCUUGUGCAUCCUCACUGAGCUCCUGCAGGACGAGAAUGAACAUGAGAAUGUUCUCCGAGCACUGGAGGCCAAACCUCGCCUAUCCAGACCCUUUGUCUCUCGGAAGUUUGCAGGAAGCGAGGGUCUGUUUCUUGCACCCACUGCUGUCCCAGUGAAGAUCCAGAACUCUAACAGGCUGGUGCAUGAGGAAGGCGAGCAAAUGAAGAGGAAGGAGAUGAUGAUGAAUGAGAACAAGAAAAGCGCUUUAGUGGAGCUUCUAAAAAGUCAGAAACUGGACCAGGAGCUGGCAGUCACAUGUCACUCGAAGACAGCCAGAGCUCGUUUUAUCAUUUCUCCAUCUAAGAAGGUUUCUCCUGAAGCUUUGCCUGACACCAUAUGUAGCCAAGGAAGGUUUGAAGGAAAUAAGAAGAUUUGUAUCCACUGUAAUGCAACUUUCCAAAGCGGCGUCAGUCUUUCCAAUCAUCUUAGGGCUUAUGCACGCAGGAAGAGGAUCGCCAUGCUGGAGGGAACGUCAUAUGAUUGUAAUCAGAAACUGCCUCGCUUGAGGUCCGGGCCAAAGAGAAAGGCGUUCCACACUGUACACGCCACCUCCGACGUGAUCUACACACUGACAUGCAGGUUCUGUGAUCUGGUCUUCCAGGGCCCACAGUGUGUGCAGGAGGACUGGGUGAAGCACCUGCAGAGACACCUCAUGCACAAUGCUGUCAGAGGCACAGGCGCUGGGAUGGUGGAGGUUCCAGCUGUGUGUGAGGAGCCAUGUGCUCCAGACUGUGUCACUCAGGGGCUCUAAAUCACGUUUACACACAAGCUUUAUUCACGGUACCACUCUUCUGCUUAUGUACAUAGGAAGAUAGGAAGAGACCUACACAGAUUUAUUCUUUAUAGCGCUAUCUCUGGACAGGUGUAGAAAUCUAUAUAAAACAUAUUUAUGAAUAAAUCAAACGGAAACAAACAGAAAACGAGAGAUCAAGAGAGAGAGAAUAUUUUCUUAUAUUGCACAUAUUUUCUCUUCUCUCCCCCCCCCCCCCCACUUUUUUUUUUUAUGUUCCCCUUAUAGACAUGACAUUUGUCAUAAAUAAAGUCUGGUAUUGACACGUUCCUACAUUAAUAUAUUCUUGUACAGAGCUGAAUAUUUGCUUAGAGAUAAUAUGCUCUGAUCUAUUUUUAAACCACAAUCAUACUUUGUGCACACAGUGUUACAUUUAUUGCUAAGACUACUUCUGUAAGUGUAAUUCGUGUGUAACUAGGGAUGUGCUGAAACUCUGGCCACUGAAAAGAUUGAUUUUUUUUGUAAGAUUAAAUAUAACAAAGUAUCAAACAGUAUCGCUUUAUAAAUCAUUUCAUUUUUAAUUAGUGGCUUAAUAAAGCCUGGCCCUUAUUCAUCAAAAUUGUAUACAGCAAAAUGUAAAACGAGCCUGCAAAAUUCAACCAUUGGUUCAUUUCAACCAUUCAAAAUUCAACCAUUUUAUACAUUUAUAUAUAUGUUUAUGUUCUUAGAAUUAAUCAAUGUACUUGAAUGAAAAGUUUGACUUCAGGAUGAGAUUAUGCUAAACAACCACAAAGACAUUUCUCCUACACUUAUUUAGUCAGAUUUAACAAGGGUGCCAAUAAUUCUAUGACUGUUUACGACAUGUAAAUAAGGGACUAAUGGGUGGGAGCUUGUUACUACACAGCAGACGAUGAUCUGCUCCUGAAUCACAAGUGUUUUGGUGUCAUAUGAUGGAUUCAUGCUAGAAAUUUAAUGUUUUUUCAAGUCCUCGCAUCGGCACUCGUUUCUAUGCAAAUUUGAUGAAUAAGGACGGUUGUGUUCUGCAUCAUGUGUGAUCUUUUGUGUGUGAAUGUUCAAUCUCAUCCCUUAUGUCAAUUCCUGGGCUGAAUUUGUGUUUCCUCACCUGGGCCACCUACUUCACUGCUUUAUCAGACUUGCUCUUCAUAUGUGUACCUUUUCAUACAUCCAUGCACAUUACAUUCUCCUGAACUGAACUGAACUGAACAGCUGUGGCUAAUUAUCAGCCAUAAUCACCUGCAGUGCAGGAUUAGCAUUUUAUGCUAUUUGUUUGUUUAUUAUUGAUUAGUCUUGGGUUUUACUCAAAACCCCCCAAACAAAAUGCAAAAAAAUGGAUAGAAUUUAUGCAACGAUACAAAAACCAAAUAAAACCAAAAAUAACCCUUAUAUUAUUCACAUUUCUGCUUUUACUCUUUGCUUUUGAUGCAGUAUGUCCUGUUUGUGUUUUGUUUUUUAAUUUAAUUUGUGCGCAUUUCUAUAUGCAUGAUAGGGGGCCUUUAGAUGAUUUAAAUAAAUUUUACAUUGAUGUUUGCAUUUUAGGACACACUAAAUGAAAAGAAUUUCAACUCAUUGGAUACCAAUGGCACUAUGUAUGCUUAUUAUAUGUUAAGACAAUUCAAAACUCCUAAUAUAGGCUCAGUUAGAUGUUAAAAGCACACUGUUCUGUGAUACUACAUUACACUACACUGCUGUAACAACCUCAUACACUGCUUUUUUGUAUGAAUAUUAACAUCAGCUCCGAUGGCAGAUUUCAGCAUUGUUUAUCUGUUACACUUAACUCAACUGAACUGUGUGGCAUCCAAAUAGAAAUAGUCAACUCUUGCUUUAUGAUUUAUUGAGAAAUUAUCUAUUACCUUUCUGUGCUUAAACUAUUUAUGAACAAUUUUAUAUGUGAAUAAGUGACAUGCCAUGUUUUCCAGGUGAUAAGAUUUGCUCUUUGCCCUCUGUAGCAUAUAUAGUGAAGCAAGAUAUGUUAAUUCAUUUAAGCUUAAUUAUAAUAUUCCCAUUUGUUAAGGUUUUUUUUUUAUUUCUUUUCUUUUUUAAGUACAGUAGACAUGCUACUCUAGAAUUUAUGGUAGAUUCCACAUCCCAUGUGUUAAUAAAACAGCAUUAUUACUGAAAUGUUCGUUGCAGAACUAUAGAUUAAAGGUAAAAAUAAUAAAGAUAAUUUAACAAAAAUGAGUCUCAUACUAGUCAUCUCAUCUGUUGAAACCUUGUAUGAAUUUUGUAUUGUUAACUGUUAGAAGUGGUUGCUAUUAUAGAGGGGCAGUAACUGGAUGAACAGACAUUACUUAAGAAGUGUUCGGUCUUCUUUAAAGCAGACAGAAUUUAAGAUCAAUGCUUUAGUGAAGGCCUCAGGAUAGUGUACAGUGCUGAACUAGGGCAGCUGUAAUAGAAAAAACUGCUAUGAAAAAAAGAAUGCAUUUUUUCCCCCAGAAUGUUAGCAUUUGUUUUAUACUUCAUAUAUUGUCCGGAAAACAUUGCUUGUUUCAUCUAGUUUACGCUUUAUUUGCCUUUACAGCAUGUGUGUUGCAUUACUGAGGACUAUUAAAAGAAUCAGAUCAUGUAGUUAGAGCUUGUGAGUUUGUCUGAGCAAAAGUAGGUUUCUUGAGACGCCAUAAUUAAUAAAUUAGUUGACGACCCAUGUAAAA